AUGGAGCCAGCGAAUGAGGAGACUGGUCCGGUGCCUCGGCCGCCACCGCUCCCAUCCUCCCCUCCCCAGUCAACAUCAACCACCACCACAGCCCCCUCCUCAUCCAUCGCCGUGGGUGCAGAUAAAACCGCAAUUGUGACAGCUGCGCUUUCCGACGGGGUUAGUGUGAGCAAUGGCUCGGUUCUCCCGCAGGCCCGCAGGGAUCGUCCCAUUUCUGGUGUGAUCCCCCCGUACUGGAGCCACCAUCGGAAUAUCUCCCGCACCUCCCAAGCGUCUUCAGAGCAACCGGCCAUCACACUCGAGGAUCAUACAGAAGAUCCAAACUCCGAGACCAGCCGUGGAUUAUGGGCGAAGAGCGUCACGAUUGACGAACAUGCGGUUGUGCAGGGGAAGACAGGGAUUGGAGCGUACGUGGUAUGGAACUGCAAGAUACAGACCCUUGACGGUGGCCCGAUCACGGUGCGCAUGAGAUAUUCCGAGUUUGAUGACCUACGACGGCAGUUACAAGCUGCAUUCCCGCACGCGAAGAGCGCGUUACCGGCACUCCCUCCCAAAAGUGUCCUCUAUAAAUUCCGCCCGUCAUUUCUGGAGUCUCGGCGUGUGGGACUCGAAUAUUUCCUCCAUUGCGUUCUGUUGAAUCCGGAGUUUUCAGGGUCGCCCAUUGUCAAGGAGUUUCUGUUUGGGCGGAUGUGCUAA